ACUGUUCUAAGGGACCGUGUCAUGGUUCGUGUGCACUGACACGUCCCGGCGCUAGGGGUCGCUGUUUGCCGCUGACCAGGCACAAACAAAGGCGUGUCCUAAUUACCUUUGGCACAGUGGUAACCUGAUACCCUGGCCACGCGCACCCAACCUAGCUCCAAGCAGAUGUCUGGCGUGUCUUUUGUGGUGUUCUUCAAAUCGCUCUAGUUGUUGGUGAGCUCACCUCAAAGCCACCCUGAAGAGACGAACUCCAAACGCCAGGAAAGACGCGACACAGACACAGGUGUUGAAGUGGACUGUGCCGUGAUGUAAUCCCUCCGCCAGGUUCGCCCGUCCUUCCAUAGAACCCGGACCGUCCUACAGAAACGUCACAUCGACCUUACGUCGGGCUGACGUCGCUGAUUUCGGCUCCUCCCUUCCCGCCCCGCGACUUUAGAACUCCUGAAGCUGACCUGAGGAUGAGGUCCGCUGUGCUGUUCGGGCUCAUCAUCGCCACAGGCCUGGUGGCUGCCGUGCCGCGCGUGAAGAGGCAGCUCGACAUUCCCGGCGUUCCCGGGGCUCCUGCCGUUCGCGCCAGACCAACAGCGCCCCCUGUGGACAAUGACCUGAAGGCCGGUAUUGCAGCCGCUUUCGGAGACGCUGCAGCUUUAGAGCACUCCGCAGCUGCCAGUUUCAUCAACAGGCAGCCGAGCGACUCGGCGAUCCUCCAGGCGCUGAAGGGCGAGAUCGAGAUCACGGAAAUCUCCGGGGAGGACUUCAAGAAGGUUCCCGGCAUCGUGCUCACGCAGCUCGUGGAUGCGGAGUUUGAGAAGAUCACGCCUGCGCAGAUCGUGGCCUGGCUGAAGAACCCGAACAACGGCUACAACUUCGAGCAGAUGGACGAGCUGUCAACCCGCGUCUCGUCCGAAAAGUUCGGGGAGGUGCUGGUCAGAAUGAAGACCGCGGCUGAGUCUGGAGGCCCAGACGCCCGGCCCAACCCUGGGAUCAGCGCGGAUGUUCAGGAUUUCCUGGUGCGGAAGUUUGUGGAAGCGAACGUGAACGACACCUGUGCCGAGAUGGGGGACCUGAGCCAGCUGGACCUGCCCACCAUGAGGAAGAUGAAGCAGACGAUCUCGUCGAGCCGCGUGUGUCAGGACGGGGAGACCCAGGCUAGCAUGAGGGGGCCUUCUAAGGAGGAAAAAGAGCUGGACCGGAAGCUGCUGUCGGCGGAGAUGGCCAACCCGUCCUCAGUCACGGCCGACACGCUGAACAGUCUGGUCGGCUCGCUGGCGGAAAUGCAGCCUUCAGAGAUAGAGAACCUGAACGCAGACGCUGUGGUGGGCGCCAUAGAAACCCUGGCUGGAGAGGACUUCUCCUGGGCAGAGGCGAGGACUGUCAUCGACAAGUUCAAGUCCGGAUCGAGCGUCAGCGGGGCCUUCUCUGCAGCCCAGGUGACCUCCCUUGGGAAACUUGUCGCCAAGCUGCCCCUGGACGAGCUGGAUCAGAUGGACGACGCUGACGUCCGCAGUGCCAUCUCCACCUUCGCCAGCGCCAAGAGCGACAUGAGCCCCGCACAGGCCAAGAAGAUCGCCAAGAAGGCCCGGAACGGGAACCUACUGGACCAGCUGGGAUCCGGAGAGAUCGACGCUUUCUUCGACGCCCUUCCUCUCAACGAGAUAGAGGACAUCGCUUCCGAAAUCACCGCUGAUAUCGCCAACGGAGACUACAGCAAGUACAGCGGUCUGGAAAUGACUGAAGCGCAGGCCACGUACCUGUUUGAAGUGAUGGAGUCGGGACUGAGCGGAGAGCUGGACAGGGACACUGUGAUAUCCAUGGGCAACGCCAUUGCCGGGGCGGGGGAGGACGUGCUCGAUCUCAUCUCUAACGACAACUUCGCAGAAGUCAUCGGCGCCAUGUCUGACCAGGCGGACUUCGGCGCAGCCAUGAACAGGAAGAUGGCGAAGCGCCUGGAAACCGAGAUUAUCUCCGCCUUCGACCAGAUGUCCCAGACAGAUCUGGACACCAUUCCCGCUGACGUCAUGCCUGACGUGUCGACAGAGAGUCUAGAUGACGUGCCGGCCGGCCUGUGCGGAGCCGUGGCCCAGAAAGUUGCCGGUUCUGACCGCCUGUUCAACACGCAGGAAAUCCGGCAGCAGAAGCACGCCAGGAACGCGCUCAAGUGUCUGGGCAAGGAGACGAGCGGGGACCUGGGUGAGGCUGACAUGGCCACUCUGGGGAACCUGAUCUGCGGUGCUGAGGACGCGGUUCUGGACAGGGUCGACGCUUCCGGGGCCAAGACUGCCCUGGAGAACCUGCAGAACUGCCCGCCAAAGUGCCUCACGGAGGACAAAAAGACCAAAAUUCAGGAGCUCUUCGGCAAGAUGACGGCUGACGCCCAGGCUAGUCAGAUCGACACCGACUCCCUGGCAGCCAUUGGGAAGAACGCUUUCUGCCUGCCAGACGCCACCCUCUCAGGGAUCCCCAACGACGUGGUCUCCAAUGUUCGCACCUCCCUGGUGGACAGCGUGGACAUGGCUGCAGAGGAGGCGCUGACAGAACAGGACAGCAGCUGCGGAAUCGACAGGGCCGCGCUGCUUGCUAAGGUGAAGGAGGCUGAGGCGGGAUCGGCCAGCUCCCGGCGCAAGAGGCAAACCACAGUGUACACCUGUGCGCAGGUGCAGGACCUUGGUAACGCGGCCGUGAGCCUGACGGAAGCCGAGCUGGGCGCCAUGACAGCUGCGGAGUUCGCCAACUGCGUGGAGACUCUUGGCGGGCUGACUGGCUGGAGCGCCGGCCAGCUGGAGGUCAUGAGGGACAAAGUCUUCACCGACGUGGCAGCAGCUGGCUCCCUGACGACCGACCAGAUCCUCACGCUCGGUAAGAUCGCCACGGCGUUCACCACCAGCCACCUGUCCGCUCUGGACCUGUCUGACAUCGACGCCGUCUACAGCAUCGCCCAACACAGCGGCUACAGCGCUGCUCAGACCGAAGCUGCCUUUACCAAGUACCUGGGCAGCGGCGCGGUAGAACUAAGCGAGCACCUGGUGGGCCUGUCCAACUUCCUGGGCGGCAUGACGACCGCUCAGAUCGCGCAGAUCGACAACGCCGCCUUCCAGGACGCUGCGGCCAACAUCGGGACGCUGGCCGGGCUGAGUUCUGACCAGCUGACGGCCCUGAAGAACAAGGCGGUCUCCGCUAGCGGCGCGGUCAGCUCCUGGUCCGCAGCAACUCUCAAAAACUUCGGCACUCUGGCAGCUGGUCUGGAGACGGCUGAACUGUCUGCCCUGACGAACGCCCAGGUUCCGGAAGUCUCUCCCGCCGCCAUUCCACUCUACCCGACAAGCACCUUCUGCGGCGGAUUUUCUGUGGACCAGCUGAACCUGUUCACCAUGGAGCAGGCGCAGGCCGUGACAAACGAGCAGUACUUCGCCUGCUCCGCCGCGNGUCACUCACUCAUUAAUCACUCAUUCACUCAUUCAUUCAUUCAAUUUCCCGUUACAGGAGUCGGUGCCGUCCACGCAUGCGUGAUGCUGGUCUUCUCCGCUGUUCUCGUCCGUCUGCUGUGAUGACGUCACGCCACUCUGACGUCACGGGUGAUGACGUCACGCCACUGUGACGUCAUGAUGUUACCAUAGCUGCAUGCUGCAUUGCCGUGUGGAAAUUGUGUGCCUGUUUAAAGUUUGACUAAAACUUUGGACUGUCUCUUUAGAUAUCGACUUGGAAAUGAUGAUAGUACCUCAGGGAGUCAGCUGUAUAGAUAGUUUUGCAUCGACAGGAUUAAUGAAAUAAGAUAUUGUAUUUCUAAAACUGAAGUACCUGUUUAAAGAUGUAGCAAAGUUAAACUGGAAGGUUCUGCAUACAGGGUGAAGUACUAGCCUCCUUCGCAGUCUUGUCGAUUUGCUGCCGA